UGGAGGCAGCAACUCUGUGGACUCUGGAGGAGCGGAUCUGCUCUGGCCGCCACGAUGCUAGCGGCCGCCGGGGUCCUCCUGCUCCUGCUCUCCGGGACAAUCGGAGGCUCCCAGGCGCAGCGGCCACAGCAGCGGCGACAGUCCCCAGCGCAUCAGCAGAGAGGUUUAUUUCCUGCUGUCCUGAACCUUGCUUCUAAUGCGCUCAUCACAACCAAUGCUACAUGUGGGGAAAAGGGACCUGAAAUGUACUGCAAGUUGGUGGAGCAUGUCCCUGGGCAGCCUGUGAGGAACCCUCAGUGUCGAAUCUGCAAUCAAAACAGCAGCCAUCCACAUCAGAGACAUCCGAUCACGAAUGCUAUUGAUGGCAAGAACACGUGGUGGCAGAGCCCCAGUAUCAAGAAUGGAGUUGAGUACCAUUAUGUGACCAUUACUCUGGAUUUACAGCAGGUGUUCCAGAUUGCCUACGUGAUCGUGAAAGCAGCCAACUCCCCUCGGCCUGGAAACUGGAUUUUGGAACGUUCCCUGGAUGAUGUGGAGUACAAACCCUGGCAGUAUCAUGCAGUGACAGACACGGAGUGCCUGACCCUCUACAAUAUCUAUCCCCGCACUGGACCACCAUCCUAUGCCAAAGAUGAUGAGGUCAUCUGCACUUCGUUUUAUUCCAAGAUCCACCCUUUAGAAAAUGGAGAGAUUCACAUUUCUUUGAUUAAUGGGAGACCAAGUGCUGAUGAUCCUUCCCCUGAACUCCUGGAAUUCACCUCUGCUCGCUAUAUUCGCCUGAGAUUUCAGCGGAUCCGCACCUUGAAUGCUGACUUGAUGAUGUUUGCUCACAAAGACCCCAGAGAAAUCGAUCCUAUUGUCACAAGAAGAUAUUACUAUUCAGUCAAGGAUAUUUCGGUUGGCGGGAUGUGCAUCUGUUAUGGUCAUGCCCGGGCUUGUCCACUUGAUCCGGCAACAAAUAAAUCACGCUGCGAAUGCGAGCAUAACACGUGUGGGGAGAGCUGUGACAGGUGCUGCCCGGGAUUUCAUCAGAAGCCCUGGAGAGCUGGGACUUUCCUCACCAAGACUGAGUGCGAAGCAUGCAAUUGUCAUGGAAAAGCUGAAGAGUGCUAUUAUGAUGAAAAUGUUGCCAGAAGAAAUCUAAGCUUAAACAUACAUGGAAAGUACAUCGGAGGGGGUGUGUGCAUCAACUGCACACAAAACACAGCUGGGAUAAACUGUGAGACAUGUAUUGAUGGAUUCUUCAGACCAAAAGGGGUGUCACCAAAUUAUCCAAGACCAUGCCAGCCAUGUCACUGUGAUCCCGUUGGCUCCUUAAGUGAAGUCUGUGUCAAGGAUGAGAAAUAUGCCCGACGAGGUUUAAUGCCUGGAUCCUGUCACUGCAAAAUUGGCUUUGGGGGCCUGAGCUGUGAUCGGUGUGUCAGGGGCUACAGUGGCUACCCAGACUGCCAACCCUGUAACUGCAGUGGUUUAGGGAGCACAAAUGAGGACCCUUGUGUUGGGCCCUGUAGCUGUAAGGAGAAUGUGGAAGGUGAAGACUGCAGCCGUUGCAAAUCUGGCUUCUUCAACUUGCAAGAGGAUAAUCCAAAAGGAUGUGAUGAGUGCUUCUGUUCAGGGGUGUCAAACAGAUGUCAGAGUUCCUACUGGACCUAUGACAAUGUUCAAGAUAUGCGAGGCUGGUAUCUCACAGACAUCUCCGGCCACAUUCAGGUGGCUCCCCAGCUUGAUAACCCAGACUCACCUCACCAGAUCAGCAUCAGUAACUCUGAGGCCCGGCGAUCCCUCCUGGAUGGAUACUACUGGAGUGCGCCAGCUCCAUAUCUGGGAAACAAACUCCCAGCUGUAGGAGGACAAUUGACAUUUACCAUCUCAUAUGACCUCGAAGAAGAGGAAGAAGACACAGAAAAAAUCCUUCAGCUGAUGAUUAUCUUACAGGGAAAUAACUUGAGAAUCAGCACAGCCUAUAAGGAGGUGUAUUUAGAUCCAACUGAAGAACACACUGAGGAGUUACCACUCAAAGAAGAAUCCUUUACCAUCCAUGGAACAAACUUACCAGUCAGUAGAAAAGAUUUUAUGACCGUGCUGGCGAAUUUGGAGAGAGUCCUCAUACAAAUCACAUACAACUUGGGGAUGGAUGCCAUCUUCAGGUUGAGCUCUGUCAAUCUUGAAUCUGCCGUCCCCUAUCCUACUGACAGAAGUAUUGCAACUGCUGUGGAAGUUUGCCAGUGUCCACCCGGGUACAGUGGCAGUUCUUGUGAAUCCUGUUGGCCUAGGCACCGAAGAGUUAAUGGCACUAUUUUUGGUGGCACCUGUGAACCGUGUCAGUGCUUUGGUCAUGCAGAAUCUUGUGAUGACAUCACAGGAGAGUGUCUGAACUGUAAGGAUCACACAGGGGGCCCAUAUUGCAAUGAAUGUCUUCCUGGUUUCUAUGGUGAUCCCACUCGAGGAACCUCUGAAGACUGUCAACCCUGUGCCUGUCCACUCAAUAUCCCAUCAAAUAACUUUAGUCCAACAUGCCAUUUAGACCGGAGUCUGGGAUUGAUCUGUGAUGAAUGUCCUGUUGGGUACACAGGACCACGCUGUGAGAGGUGUGCAGAAGGCUAUUUUGGACAACCUUCCAUACCUGGAGGAUCAUGUCAGCCAUGCCAAUGCAAUGACAACCUUGACUUCUCCAUCCCUGGCAGCUGUGACAGCUUGUCUGGCUCGUGUCUGAUAUGUAAGCCAGGUACAACAGGCCGGUACUGUGAGCUCUGUGCUGAUGGAUAUUUUGGAGAUGCAGUUGAUGCAAAGAACUGUCAACCCUGCCAUUGUAACACCAAUGGCUCCUUCUCAGAGAUUUGUCACACUAGAACUGGGCAGUGUGAAUGCAGACCCAAUGUGCAAGGGAGGCGCUGUGAUGAGUGCAAGCCUGAAACCUUUGGCCUGCAAUUGGGAAGGGGAUGUGUCCCCUGCAACUGUAAUUCUUUUGGGUCUAAAUCAUUUGACUGUGAAGAGAGUGGGCAGUGCUGGUGCCAACCUGGAGUAGCAGGAAAGAAAUGUGACCGCUGUGCCCAUGGCUACUUCAACUUCCAAGAAGGAGGCUGUACAGCUUGUGACUGUUCUCAUCUGGGAAACAAUUGUGACCCCAAAACUGGCCAAUGCAUUUGCCCUCCCAAUACCAUUGGAGAAAGAUGUUCUGAGUGUGUUCCCAACACGUGGGGCCACAGCAUUGUCACUGGCUGUAAGGCUUGUAACUGCAGCACGGUGGGGUCCUCGGAUUCACAGUGCAAUAUAAACACAGGCCAGUGCAACUGCCGUCCGAAGUUCUCUGGGAUGAGAUGCUCAGAAUGCAACCGAGGUCACUGGAACUACCCUCACUGCAGUGUCUGUGAAUGCUUCCUGCCAGGGACAGAUGCCGCCACUUGUGAUUCAGAGACUGGAAAAUGCUCCUGCAGCGAUCAAACAGGGCAGUGCACCUGUAAGGUGAAUGUGGAAGGUGUCCACUGUGACAGGUGCCGGCCUGGCAAAUUCGGACUUGAUGCCAAAACCCCAUUUGGCUGCAGCAGCUGCUAUUGCUUUGGAGUUACCAGUCAGUGCUCUGAAGCAAAGGGACUGAUCCGUAUGAGGGUGACUCUGAGUGAUGAGCAGACCAUCCUGCCUCUGGUGGAUGAGGCCCUGCAGCACACAACUACCAAAGGCAUUGCUUUCCAGCACCCAGAGAUUGUUGCAAAGAUGGAUGAAGUCAGGCAAGAUCUCCAUUUGGAACCUUUUUACUGGAAACUCCCAGAACAAUUUGAAGGAAAAAAGUUGAUGGCGUAUGGGGGUAAACUGAAGUAUGCAAUCUACUUUGAGGCUCGGGAUGAAACAGGCUUCUCAACAUACAAACCUCAAGUUAUCAUUCGAGGUGGGACUCCUACUCACGCUAGAAUAAUCACCAGGCACCUGGCUGCCCCUCUCAUUGGCCAGCUGACAAGGCAUGAGAUUGAAAUGACAGAGAAAGAAUGGAAAUAUUAUGGUGAUGAUCCUCGAAUCAGCAGAACCGUGACCCGUGAAGACUUCUUGGAUAUACUCUACGAUAUUCACUAUAUUCUUAUCAAGGCUACUUAUGGAAAUGUCGUGAGACAAAGCCGCAUUUCUGAAAUCUCUAUGGAAGUAGCUGAACCAGGACAUGUAACCACAGGAAGCCCACCAGCACACUUGAUAGAAAGAUGUGACUGCCCUCCAGGAUAUUCGGGAUUGUCCUGUGAGACUUGUGCACCAGGAUUUUACCGGUUGCGUUCUGAGCCAGGUGGCCGGAGUCCUGGACCAACCCUAGGAACCUGUGUUCCCUGUCAGUGUAAUGGACACAGCAGCCAGUGUGAUCCUGAGACCUCAGUAUGCCAGAACUGUCAACAUCACACUGCUGGUGAUUUCUGUGAGCGAUGUGCCCUUGGCUACUAUGGAAUUGUCAGGGGAUUGCCAAAUGACUGUCAACCAUGUGCUUGUCCUCUGAUUUCUCCCAGCAACAAUUUCAGUCCCUCUUGUGUGCUGGAAGGUCUGGAUGAUUACCGUUGCACAGCCUGCCCACGGGGGUAUGAAGGACAGUACUGUGAAAGGUGUGCCCCAGGCUACACUGGCAGUCCAAGCAGCCCUGGAGGUUCCUGCCAAGAAUGUGAGUGUGAUCCUUAUGGCUCGCUGCCUGUUCCUUGUGACGCAGUCACGGGACUCUGCACGUGCCGCCCUGGAGCCACAGGAAGGAAGUGUGAUGGCUGUGAGCACUGGCAUGCGCGGGAGGGCGCAGCGUGUGUCUUCUGUGGAGAUGAGUGCACAGGCCUUCUUCUGGGUGACCUGGCUCGUCUGGAGCAGAUGGCCAUGAACAUCAACCUCACUGGUCCUCUGCCUGCUCCAUACAAAAUUCUCUAUGGUCUUGAAAAUACAACUCAGGAACUCAAGCACCUGCUCUCACCCCAGCGGGCACCGGAGAGGCUCAUUCAGGUGGCAGAGGGUAAUCUGAACACCCUCGUGACGGAAAUGAAUGAGCUGCUGAGCAGGGCGACCAAAGUGACAGCAGAUGGCGAGCAAACAGGACAAGAUGCUGAGAGGACCAACACAAGAGCAAAAUCCUUAGAAGAAUUCAUUAAAGAGCUUGUCCAGGAUGCUGAAGCUGUAAAUGAAAAAGCUGUAAAACUAAAUGAAACGUUAGGAAGUCAAGACAAGACUGCAGAGAGAAACUUGCAAGAGCUUCAGAAUGAGAUUGACUGGAUGCUGAAAGAACUCAGAAGUAAAGAUCUCCAAACCCAGAAGGAAAAGGCUGAGGAUGAGUUGGUGGAAGCAGAAAGCCUUGCAAAGAGAAUAAACAGGCUGGUUGGAGAGCCUAGAGCCCAGAACGAAGAAAUGGAAAAGGACCUCCGUGAGAAGCUGGCACGUUACAAGGACAAACUUGACGAUGCUUGGGAUCUACUGAGAGAAGCCACAGAGAAAACACGAGAUGCUAAUCGCUUGUCUGCUGCCAAUCAAAAGAACAUGACCAUUUUGGAGAAAAAGAAGGAGGCACUGGAAAGUGGCAAACGGCAAAUAGAGAACACUUUAAAGGAGGGUAAUGACUUACUUGAUGAAGCCAACCGACUUGCAGAUGAAAUCAACUCAGUCAUAGAUUAUGUCGAAGACAUUAAAACUAAGUUGCCACCGAUGUCUGAGGAGCUCAGUGACAAAAUAGAUGACCUCUCCCAAGAAAUAAAGGACAGGAAGCUUGCUGAGAAGGUGUUCCAGGCUGAGAGCCAUGCAGCUCAGCUGAACGACUCCUCUGCUGUGCUUGACGGAAUCCUGGAUGAGGCUAAGAACAUCUCAUUCAAUGCCACUACAGCCUUCAGAGCUUACAGUAAUAUUAAGGACAAUGUUGAUGAAGCUGAGAAAGUUGCCAGAGAAGCCAAUGAUCUUGCCCACGAAGCUACACAGCUGGCAACAAGUCCUCAGGGAUUAUUAAAGGAGGAUGCCAAAGGCUCCCUUCAGAAAAGCUUCAGGAUCCUCAAUGAGGCCAAGAAGUUAGCAAAUGAUGUGAAAGAAAAUUACAACGACCUAAAUGGCCUGAAAACCAGAUUAGAAGCUGCUGAUGUUAGAAAUGGUGAUCUCCUGAGAGCUUUGAAUGACACUUUGGGCAAGCUGUCAAUCAUUCCGAAUGACACGGCUGCUAAACUGCAAGCUGUCAAAGACAAAGCCAGACAAGCCAACGACACAGCCAAAGCAGUCCUGGCCCAGGUCAAAGAUCUGCAUCAGAACCUUGAUGGCCUGAAGCAAAACUACGAUAAACUAGCAGACAGCGUGGCCAAAACGAAUGCCGUCGUGAAAGACCCUGCCAAAAACAAAAUCAUUGCAGAUGCUGGUGCCACAGUGAAAAAUCUAGAACAGGAAGCUGAUCGGCUAGUAGAUAAAAUCAAGCCUAUCAAGGAACUUGAAGAUAACUUAAAGAAAAACAUCUCUGAAAUAAAGGAACUGAUUAACCAAGCCCGGAAACAAGCCAAUUCUAUCAAAGUAUCUGUGUCUUCGGGAGGUGACUGUAUUCGAACAUACAAGCCAGAAAUCAAGAAAGGAAGCUACAAUAACAUCGUUGUCAAUGUCAAGACUACUGUGGCUGACAACCUCCUUUUUUAUCUUGGAAGUGCCAAAUUUAUUGACUUUCUUGCUAUCGAAAUGCGCAAAGGCAAAGUCAGCUUCCUCUGGGACGUUGGAUCUGGAGUUGGCCGUGUAGAGUAUCCGGAUUUGACCAUCGAUGACUCAUAUUGGUACCGUAUUGAAGCAUCAAGAACGGGGAGAAAUGGUUCUAUUUCAGUGAGAGCUCUAGAUGGACCCAAAGCCAGCAUUGUGCCCAGCACCUACCACUCGGUGUCCCCUCCAGGGUACACCAUUCUAGAUGUGGAUACAAAUGCAAUGCUGUUUGUUGGCGGCCUGACCGGAAAAAUAAAGAAGGCUGACGCUGUACGUGUGAUUACAUUCACCGGCUGUAUGGGAGAAACAUACUUUGACAACAAACCUAUAGGCUUAUGGAACUUCCGGGAAAAAGAAGGAGAUUGUAAAGGCUGCACUGUCAGUCCACAAGUGGAAGACAGUGAGGGUACUAUUCAGUUUGAUGGAGAAGGUUAUGCAUUGGUGAGCCGCCCCAUCCGCUGGUACCCCAACAUCUCCACAGUCAUGUUCAAGUUCCGGACAUUUUCAUCAAGUGCUCUCCUGAUGUAUCUUGCCACACGAGACCUGAAAGAUUUCAUGAGUGUCGAGCUCAGUGAUGGGCACAUAAAAGUCAGCUAUGAUCUGGGUUCAGGAAUGGCUUCUGUUGUCAGCAAUCAAAACCAUAAUGACGGGAAAUGGAAAUCGUUCACCCUGUCAAGGAUUCAGAAACAAGCCAACAUAUCGAUUGUAGACAUCGAUACUAACCAGGAGGAGAUUGUAGCCACUUCGUCUUCUGGAAACAACUUUGGUCUUGACUUGAAAGCCGAUGACAAAAUAUAUUUUGGUGGCUUGCCAACUCUGAGGAACUUGAGGCCAGAAGUAAAUGUGAGGAAGUAUUCCGGCUGCCUCAAAGACAUUGAGAUUUCAAGGACUCCAUACAAUAUACUCAGCAGCCCCGAUUAUGUUGGUGUUACCAAAGGCUGUGCACUGGAGAAUGUUUACACAGUGAGCUUCCCCAAGCCUGGUUUCGUGGAGCUUGCACCUGUGCCCAUUGACGUGGGAACAGAAAUCAAUCUGUCCUUCAGUACGAAGAAUGAGUCUGGACUCAUCCUCUUGGGAAGCGGAGGGGUACCAACACCACCCAGGAGGAAACGGAGGCAAACUGGACAGGCCUAUUAUGCCAUAUUCCUCAACAAGGGCCGUCUGGAAGUGCAUCUCUCCUCAGGGACACGAACAAUGAGGAAAAUUGUCAUCAAGCCAGAGCCAAAUCUGUUUCACGAUGGGAGAGAACAUUCGGUUCACGUGGAAAGAACUAGAGGCAUCUUCACUGUUCAAGUUGAUGAAGACAGAAGACAUACACAAAACCUAACAGUGGAGCAGCCUAUCGAAGUGAAAAAGCUCUUCGUCGGGGGCGCUCCCCCGGAAUUUCAGCCUUCCCCACUCAGGAAUAUUCCUGCUUUCGGAGGCUGCGUGUGGAAUCUUGUUAUUAACUCUGUCCCCAUGGACUUUGCACAGCCUGUUGCCUUCAAAAAUGCUGACAUUGGCCGCUGUGCCUACCAGAAGCCCCAUGAGGAUGAAGAAGAUGCAGUUCCAGCUGAAGUCAUCAUCCAGCCUCAGCCAGUGCCUGUCCCUGCCUUCCCUUCACCUGCCCCCACUGUGGUACACGGCCCCUGUGUUGCAGAAUCAGAACCAGCUCUUCUGGCAGGGAGCAAGCAGUUUGGGCUUUCCAAAAACAGCCACAUCGCUCUUGCCUUUGAUGACACCAAAGUUAAAAACCGCCUCACAAUUGAAUUGGAAGUGCGAACAGAAGCCGAAUCAGGCUUGCUCUUUUACAUGGCUCGGAUCAAUCAUGCCGAUUUUGCUACUGUUCAACUGAGAAAUGGAUUCCCCUACUUCAGUUAUGACUUGGGAAGUGGAGACACUAGCACCAUGAUCCCCACCAGAAUCAACGAUGGCCAGUGGCACAAGAUUAAGAUUAUGAGAGUGAAGCAAGAAGGAACUCUGUAUGUCGAUGAUGCUUCCAACCAAACCAUCAGUCCCAAGAAAGCUGAUAUCCUGGAUGUUGUGGGGAUGCUGUAUGUUGGUGGAUUGCCGAUCAACUAUACCACACGCAGAAUUGGUCCAGUGACCUACAGUCUUGAUGGCUGCGUUAGGAAUCUUCACAUGGAACAGGCCCCCGUUAACCUGGACCAGCCCACUUCCAGCUUCCACGUUGGGACAUGCUUUGCGAAUGCGCAGCGGGGAACUUACUUUGACGGAACAGGUUUUGCUAGAGCAGUUGGUGGAUUCAAAGUGGGAUUGGACCUUCUUGUAGAAUUUGAAUUUCGUACCACAAGACCCACUGGAGUUCUCCUGGGAAUCAGCAGUCAGAAAAUGGAUGGAAUGGGUAUCGAAAUGAUUGACGAGAAGCUUAUGUUCCACGUGGAUAAUGGUGCUGGCCGAUUCACUGCAGUCUACGAUGCUGGGAUCCCGGGCCAUAUGUGUAAUGGACAGUGGCAUAGAGUCACUGCCAAGAAGAUCAAAAACCGCCUUGAGCUUGUGGUGGAUGGAAACCAGGUGGAUGCCCAGAGCCCAAACUCAGCAUCGACAUCAGCCGAUACCAACGACCCUGUUUUUGUUGGCGGUUUCCCAGCUGGUCUCAAUCAGUUUGGCCUGACUACCAACAUUCGGUUCCGAGGUUGCAUCCGAUCUCUGAGGCUCACCAAAGGCACAGGCAAGCCACUGGAGAUUAAUUUCGCCAAGGCCCUGGAACUGAGAGGUGUUCAACCUGUAUCAUGCCCAACUACCUAAUAAACAUAAGUUCAAGUCUGUGAAGGGUCCAUCAAAACAAGUGUAUCAAGUUAAACCAUAUACUUUCCUAUGCAUAUUAAUAAAACUAAUGUGUUCACGUACAUAAAAUUCUUUCUGUAUUCAGGUGGUGAUAAUUCAGACCACAGAUUGAAUUUUAAUUCAAGUUCUUUUUCAAGCUUAUGAUUAUUAAACCAAUUAUUUCAUUC